GUAGAAUUCCAAGAUGGCGGAAGGGAGCGAAUCUCAACCAAACAAUCCGCUAUCAAGGAAAUUAAACAAGAUCUUAGAAACUAGAUUGGACAAUGACAAGGUAUGAGUACUCUUAUACUAAGUUUUAUUCUCUUCCCAGAAGAAAAAUGUGGUAAUGUAGCAAAAUUUGUUUUAAUCCUGCAGGAAAUGGUGGAGGCUUUGAAGGCCUUGUCGACUUUUUUUGUGGACAACAGUUUGCGUUCUCGGCGGAAUUUGCGUGGAGAUAUCGAAAAAAGAAGCUUGGCAAUCAAUGAGAGCUUCGAGGGUGCAUUUAGAGAUGUUAAACAGGUAGAUUGUGAUUUUUUCCAGGUAAAAAACAAAACUGAUAUGAAAUUUGUCAGCAAACUCGACGAGUCAUGUAUACAAUAAAGCCCAAGAGCUCUGAGGUCGUAAUUUAAGCAAAUAUUUUACACGAUGUCAAUUGCAAAGAAAGCUUGAAUUAUAACGGGUAAGAAAUUAUAUAAAAGCCUCAAGGCGACAGCCAUAGGCAGCUUUGUGGAAGGUUACACUCAUUGCCAGGCUGUCAUCAGAUAAUCUAUGAAUCAAUUCAAUCAGUUCCAAGAACAUUAGCCGAUACAAUUUUAGAAACCAGCUCAAUUUCAUGAUGUCAAAAAUGUGCACGAAUUGUUACUCGAACACAUUUAUUUCAUCUGGUAGAAAAUUUAUGCGUAGUUUUUUUCUAUACAGUCAUUUUACAUUAUGUGAAAUUGUUAUUUUAUAAAUGUGUUUAUGAAUUAAACUUUUUGUAAAUUCCAUGCAAUUCAACCUUACAGUGCUGAAAUUUGAUUAUUUCAAUAAAAUAUCUAGAUCUAUCUAUCUAUCAAUCUGUUUACUCAGUGUGUAAGCAUAACUUUUUUUGCCUCAUAGCAACUAGAUGCUGUGCAUGCAGACAUUGAACAAAUGAGUAGGUGUUGUACAGAAAUGACAAGCAGACUUAAGGUGGGUUGCACUUCAGACCUUGAUCUCUAACUCCUAUGGCCAAGAUCUGAAUAGAAAUUCUCCAUUAGCCUUUCAUCUGCCAGAAGUGAUCAACUGGUUACUUCUUCCUAUGAUAUACACAUAUUAUCCAGCAAACAGCAAGUGAAAAUACUCAAACUUUUCAGGUAGAAGUUGUUAUCUUGAUCCAACACCAAAUUCUUGUAACCAAUUUAUAAGGAAAUGUGUGUCAGCUAGAGGAGAGAAUUAACUCUCAGAUCUUGGGAGUGAAAGGGUUAAAUUAAAUUUUGUCCUCAGCAGAAAUUUUAUCCAUCUUGGAUUGAAAAGAUUUUCUUGCACAUUGCAUGAAAUGUUUUCUAUUUACAAAGUAACAAUCUUGAGCAAGUUUUGUGCCACAAGGUUGUAGAUUGUCUAAGGAAGCACUUAAACAUACUCAUUUUCCAAACCAGGGAACCAUAAACUGAUAUUCAAUACUCAAAUUUUGUUUUUGAGUGGUGCUUUUGAAUUUCAAAUUAUGUGUGGAGAUGUAAUAAUAUUCUUUAUAUGUCUUAUGAGCAUUUGCCUGGUGAGUUUACAGUCGAAAAGCAACUUUAGAAUAUCUAUCAGGUUUUUUAUCUGCACAUAGAGGUCAAUCAGCAGAGCUAACUAAAGAGAUGAGCCUUCUUCUCUGUUUAUUAGUAAACAUUUCCUGGAAAUUCAUAGGCACAGUUAUUGUAAACAUUUUAAACAUGCAUUUGUAAAAUUGACAGAAAUGAACUUGAAUGUUUUGCUAUGGUCAAUCAAAGGUUUCAAUAUAAACUGGGCAAGAACCAGCAAAAUUUGCUCUCUGUGUGAAGCAAAAUCACAGCCUAUUUUCUCUAAAAUUUUGCAACAUUAGGGUAAAGAUAGAAUUUCCAUCAGCCACUUGCUUUGCAGUUUGCACCUUCCACUUCAAAACAUAUUGACAACCCUUUGUUGAUAUUAUUAUGAUAUACUGAUUAGGCAAACCAAUCAGAAUGCAGGAUUACCUUGAGAAUAUGAAGAGUUAAGUUAUUGAAGGUUCAGUUGACAGGUUGUUACAUUAUUUACACAAAUUCAUACAAAGUUUCUUUAUGUAGUCUGCAAGAGACCAAACUUCUGACUUGAUAAGCAAGACUACCACACUUCAAGCUGAAAGGUAAGUGUUGAAUAGUUAAUGCUUUCUGGUGAUCUGAGCCAUUUUGAAAGGUAAUUGUCACAGACAAUAGUAAUGCUCGAAAUAAUUAUCUAAAUGAAGUCAAUAUGCAUUACCUGAGAUAAACUAACAUUACAGCACUUGUAACCAUAAAAAUUCACAAUUUACAUGUUGGUAAUAAAAUUUGGUUGGUAGUGUUGAUUUUACAAUUUGAUUUGAUAUUAAAAAUUUAAAUGUUAUUUUGCUCUCUUAAUCUCUCAGUCAGAGGAUACAGAUGAAAGAAACAGUUGCAGAUGCAUUCAUUUCAAGAUUCCAAUUAAAACCGGACGAGGUUCAAGCUCUGAAGGGAACACGGAAUGGACCCAUUUCUGAGGUCUGCAACAUCUUCAUUUUGUGUAGUUUGUGUAAUCUAUGGCAGGCCAAAGUAUGCACGCAUCAGUGACACACUUGGCUGGGCCUUGUGAGCCACUUUCUUGUUCUUACCACAUUUUUACAUCAUCUAUGAUCUAUUACAACCGAACAGAUGCACCGCAAUAUAGAAUCUACAUGUUCAGUUUUGUAUGUAAUUGUACAUGUACUGUAAGUGUUUGAAUUUGUUUUUUGCAGACAUUUUUUGAAGCCCUCUCACGGGUUAAAGAAAUUCACAACGAUUGCAAACUUUUGCUGAGGACAAAACAACAAACAGCAGGGUAACUGUCUGUAAUAACUGAUCCUUUGUCAGUAACAUUUUGCAAUAUCAACAGAGUUGGGAAAACUUCUCACAAAAUAUGUUGAAUAAUCUUCCAUGUCAUCCAGUUUGCAGAUCAUGGAAGCCAUGGCAUUACAUCUAGAGUCCAGCUACGAGAAGCUAUACAGGUGGAGUCAAGGUAUGUUGUGACAGUCUAUGUAAAAGCAGGGGUCAUAUUGAUGAUGGUGAUGAUGAUUAUGAGAGUGAGAGUGAUAUAAAGAACGAUCCUAGGCUUCAACUUGUGACCUCUACCUUUCCCUUUCCCUUUCCCUCUAUUCUUGAUCUCAGAAGUGGAUUUAACCCUUUGCACCCAAUUUCAGUAUGCAUAUUCUCCAUACUGUACUUUAUACUGUUCUUAUAUAUUUCCCAAGAUGCUGAUAGGGAGAAUUUGUUUACCAGUCAAGAGCUACACUGUAGUGAUCAUUUCCCUUAUUUUUUUGACCUCAUUGUGUGAUUCAUGGAUGAUAUUGUGAGGAGAAACUAGAUCAUGGUCACACGAGGGGUUUCAUGGUUAAACAUUUAGUCAAUAGUAUCGGAAGUUACUGUUGGUGCUGUAAUUUAGUAACAGUGGAGAGCAGCAACCUCUUUAACUGCUAGGAUGUCACCAUGGUAACUUAGCCACAGCCCUUCUCCGAGUACAUGUACUUGUCAAUAUAAAACCAAUAUACUGUGGUGUGAAAUAAAUACAAAAAGGGAGAGACAGGGAAAGUGAAAAACAAAGCAAGAGAAGGAGGAAAGCAAAUUGGGUAUUAAAGCACUGUUAUAGUGAUUGCUCUUAAAAAACCUUCCUGGAUCCCCAAAAUUCACAUUAGUGAAACUAUUCUAUUGAUUUGGUUUCACCUCAUGACUCAGAACUCCUAAAAUUUGAACAUGAGAAGGCUUGUAUUUCUAUAAUGACAUUACUGCCUUAUUCAAGUCCACCUCUUUCUGUCUCACAAGUGUAACACCAUGUUACAUGUAGCUGUGAUUUUAAUAAUUCAAAUUGGAAUAGUUCUCACUAGGUUACAUCUCUUCCACAUGCAGAUGAAUGCAGAGGCCUAACAGGAGAUCUUCCUGAUAUAUCUAACAAGCUGAGCAGAGCAAUGGCUGCUCUCCAGGACAGGCCUGUGUUGUUUAAGUAAGUAAAUACAAUUGCAAUAAAUUUUUCUCCUUCUCAGACCUUUUGCAAUAGACUUACAAAAGAUUCUGCCUGGAGAAAAAAAAAAAACCUUGAAAGGCUCUUCUCUUUUUCAAGUUUUUACUAGUGGGUGAAGAAUCACUUGCAAGCCCUCUUCUACUCCCUGGUGGGUAAAGAAUCACUACAUGUAUGCAACCCUCCACCCACCCUCCUCCUCUCCUUUCCUUUAAAAAUGUAAUCUACUGGUAAUCAAUUUUCACAAAUUGUCACUUGAAUGUAUCAUCAGAUGAACACUGUACUUCUUUUAAAGUCUCUUUCUUUACCCUGUUUUGUAGUCAUGCCCCAAAUGUGUUAUCUAAUAUUGAACUUUACAUAUUCAUGCAUGUGUUUGGGGAAAAAAUGCCUCUGCCCAGUUGUUAGACUGCAAGCAGAUCCUCUGUUUUGGAAUCAGCUCCUUGCAAGUAAAAAAAAAUCAGCAAAAAAUAGUUUAGGCUGGUACAUUGCGUGGUACAUUUACAUGUUUUUCACUUCCAGAGUCUCAUGUGGUGUGCUCUCAUUAAUUUCGUUUUUGGGCUGAUUUUCUUCUUUUUAUUUGCCCAGCUGUAAUUAAUUUUCCUAUUCCUUACUUUUCAUAGGUAUACUUUAGAUGAAUAUGGAACAGCCAGAAGAACUGCGGUGGUGAGAUGCUUCAUUGAUGCACUCACAAGAGGAGGCAUGUUUUCUUUUAAUGUUUAGACUAUCAUGUUCUUUUUUUAAAUUUUUUUCAUUGAUGGAGCCAAUAUUUACUGUUUUGAAAAAGUUACACUAUAAUACACUACAACGAAUGUAAGGAAGAAAGACAAAAGCAGGUGGCACACCUUGAAUAUAAACACUUUGAGGGGCUCAAGUGCCAUGAAGAUGUCAGCUUGGAUUCUUGCAUAUUGAACUGAAGGGGUGGUUUUUCUUUACAGUGAUGUGUAACGUUUUUCCUCUGGUUGCAUUUACCUUAUAGGACCUGGUGGAACUCCCAGACCAAUUGAAUUACACUCACAUGAUCCAGUCAGGUAGGAAAAGCCUAGAUUGUUGUAGGUCUUUGAUAGUACAAAUGUAAGAUUUUCUUUAUGUUACUGAAAAAUGCUUGAUUUACAAAGUAACAGCCACAUGUUGCACUAUGUAUUGAAAUCUUAAUUCUAUUGCUGUUGGAUUAUGCUCCAUGCAUGUAUGUAACUUCACAACUUUAAAAUGUGUGUUGUUGUUGUUAUUGUUUCUAUGUAUUUAUUUUUUUUCUGUAAUUCUAGUAGAUCUCUUGUUAAAGAAAGCAAAAAUUUUUAAGUUUGCAAAACAAGUUUCAUCAUUCUCAUUUUAUAUUUAGUUGCAAAUGAUGGUUGUACAAUUUGAAUUUUCACUUAAAAAAUACAUUGUAGAAUUACGAUGUAAGCUUUCAGUACGGAGAUUCCUAAACUGUUUAAAUAAAAUACAACAGAAGCACAGAAAGGUAAUAGUAGUAUUUUUUAAGUUUCCCUAAAAAACUGAGAACAAAAUGGAAACUUUUGGGUCAUUUUGCCAUCAAAGAAUCAACCUUAACAAUUUGUGUUACAUGCGCAUGUAUAUAUGUACAGUUUAUUACAGUACCACAAUUUUGCAUUUCAUUCCAGAUAUGUUGGUGAUAUGUUAGCAUGGCUUCACCAGGCGAUAGCUUCAGAAAAAGAACUUCUCCAUAGUUUACUAAGAAAUUCAUCAUCAAGUAUGUUUUUAAUCUUUAAAUAUAAGUGUUAUUUUUAAUCAUUGUUACUUUUGAACAGACAGAUAUAUGGGAAAGGGAAAUAUUCAUCUCCGCUCAUUCGUUAAUCACUUUGCUUUUGCAGCAGACGACAACAUACAAAAAGAAAUCCUUAGUCACAUAACAGAAGGAGUGUGUAGACCAUUUAAGGUAAGUUGCUUCAUUGAUUGGGAAAAUUUUAGUUUGCCCAUCGAGGCACACAUCAGCGCUGCGGCACGUCAGCGUUUUUUGCGCUCGCGAAGAAAGUUUGACGCCUAGAGUAAGCUAGCCAGCGAGAGGUCGGCCAGAAGUGUGGCUCCCAUAAUUAGUGCCAGACUUCUUGCAGACUUCUUGCUGUCCUCAAGUCUUAGAACUUAUCCUAUCGGGCGACGAAACGCUCGUGCUUUUUUAAGUCCCACUAGGGACCGAGACAGUAUUUCUCCAGACAGUGUCAGUAUAAUAUCAAGCAGACAAGUAAUGAGAAUAAAGAAAAAUAUCAAUUAGGGGAUUAUUGUUUGAUCCAAUUCCAAAUUCUCCAAACUAACAUUAUAUAAAUUGUGUAGCAGAUUGUAAGGAGAAUUACUGAUGAGAUCUUGGGAGUUAAAAGGUUAAGCAGCUGAUAUCAGUAUUCCUGCUCUAAAUUGACGUCUACUUUCGUAUUCGUAGUUCAUUACUCGAGAUCUAAUCCAAGCCACGGUUUAACGCAGUUAGUGGGCCUCAGGCUCUAUCUAUAAGAGGGUUGAUUCAAUUAAAUAAAUGUCUUCCCACUGUUAACUUUUGGCCGUCUUGAUACUGUUCACAAGAAUAGAUUUUGUUGAACAACGGUUAAACUUUGUCUAAAUAACUGGCCUUGAGUGUUUGUAUCUUUGUUUGUCUCAAUGCGAGACCGUUUUAUUGAUGUAUGAUUAUUGUAGGUACGAGUGGAGCAGGUCAUUGUGUCAGAGCCGGGCGCCGUGAUGCUGUUCAGUUUAGCAAAUAUUCUAAAAUUUUAUGGCACAACGAUAGGGUAAGAUGAAGGUUUUAUUUCAUUGUGUAACAGAGCCUCAAAAGAUUGCUAAUUAACAGCCCAGAUUUAGAGGUGAAAACAGAAUAGUUUGAUCGAAAUGCCACAGAAGGAUGAUUGGAGACUCGUUUAGUUGUGGCAGAAUUGCCCCCAUCCCCUGAGAGGACUCGGCGGGAGUUGUCUUCAACAAAGUGCUUAAAAGAAACUUACGGUUCGAUAAUGCAGAAGAAUUUGAGUUGUGAGAACAUCUCUUGUGUCUAUUUCUUGACUAAAACAAGAAAAUAAAAGCUGAAAAAAAAGUUAAUACUUUGAUCAUUAGGAGUGGCCCGAUCCUAAUUCUCAAUAUCACCCCUGUAUCACACAUUAACGUCACAGGAAGAAGUUCCUGAUUACUAAACAAAAAUCUCCUUGUCAGCACCUUAGGAAAUGUAUAGAGAACAGUAUGGAGAAUUUGAUUGCUGAUGUUAGGGUUUAAAGGGUUAAAGCGCAUUGCAAUGCACCUUUUGCCCUACAGGAGCCUUAUUGAUGAAGAUGCGUCGGUAACAGUUACCAUUCUUGACAUGAAUGCUCUAGCGUUGAAGAUGUUCUACAACAGUUUAAACUGUCACGCGAGCAAACUGCUCGAAAAGGUGAGUGACAAACGCUCUUACUUUAUCGGUAAAGGCUUGAUACCCUUCGUAGCUAUUCUCUGGGUUGUCAGGCAGCGCUUCUUCUCUUUAUAAACUUCUUUGGUGGAGUGUUGUGCGUAAAAUUUGAAAGAACGGCUUUUCCUCAUGGCUUGCUUUUCUGCUUCUUUGCCUUUUUGCUCAUUGCUUCUUUUCCUUUUUGCCUCUUCGAUUCUUUGCGUCUAUGCCCGUUUUUAUUUUAUUAUGAUUAAUCUUCAUCUUAUCAACUUAUUUUGCCGCUUGUUCAAUGUUUUUCUAGAUUGAACUCCCUCCCCCAGAUCUAAGUCCUACAGAAUCGCUAAGAGAAACGAUGAGUUUACUUAGAGACGUCCUCACAUGUCACGAUGCUUCUGUUAUUCCACUGGAUGCCAGGCAAGCUGAUUAUUCAAGGGUAGGUGAAGAGCAAUUGCCACGCAACCCUUUUUUUGAGGUGAAUUCAAUUCGCACAGCGGUUCAAGUCUUUCCAUUGGGAGCACCCUCAAAGCCUAACCUUUCAUUUUUUCCGAAUGUAAUUCCUUUGACAUCAGAAAGAGAGCGGUUAAAAUAGGGCGUAUGCUAAACGUAGCUUGUUGUAGGUUGUUUUUUGAAAAGGAGGCUGUAAUUGGAAAGCGCAUACAGGUUAUUUAGGGCAAAUUUUUGUCUGGAAAUUUUUAUCAAAAAAAAAUUAGGGAAGAGUUGUGGAAUUUUAGUAAUCUAUACUUGGUUGGUUGGAGCGCAUUUUGAUUAAGUGUUUGAAGUUAAAACCAAAGUAAUCACAUCAGCCAAUCAGAUGAAGGGAAAACAUAUUGAGCAGCCAAUGACAAUUUAAAGUAAACUAAAGCAAACGGCUUGAAGCGCGGGAAAACGCGGGUGACCAAAUGGCAAUUGGUUUCAGUUUUAAAUCUGAUUGGUCCAGAAAGUGACGCGAGUUUUCUGCACCAAUCACAUAGCGAAGUAAAGCAAACCAAGGUAAUUCCAGAUUACUCUCCAUAGCUAAUUGAAAAUUGCUCAAACUUGGCCUUGUUUUUCUCUACCCGUAGAUUAUUUCUUGUCUUGUCGACCCACUCAUCCAGAUGUGCUCCAUGUCGGCCAGCCAUCUGAACGCGUCAGACAUGGCUGCUUACAUGAUAAACUGCAUUCAUCAGAUACAGAGCACGUUGGCGGUGUACGAAUUUACUGAUAAACACAUCGAAAUGCUAGCGGGUCAGGUAAGAAAGCGUGUCAGAGGCUUGAGAUAGUUAAGUGUCUGAACAGUCUCUAAGCUUACAAAGUCGAUCGUGAGGCUGCCAUCUUGGAAUUUUUAAGCGAAGUUGGCCUACGAAGAGUACAAAACUUGCACUCUGCAUACAGGGGCAGGGAGACGGGGGAGACGGAGUGAGGACAUCUUAAGAGUUGCUUCUCUGCGGCUUUUCCAUAAGACUGUCACGUGGCUUUGUCAAUCUGAAAAACUCUCGGUGCGAAAUAGACCCAAUAAAUGGAAAGGACGUUAUGAUACGUCGCAAACUUUUCAAUUUUUAACGAACCUUCAAAAUGCGAGAUGUUAAAAGUUGCGGGAUGGUAAACAUUCUCGUCCAGUCCACAAGUCUUGCAGAAUUGUCAAACUCAUUAUGUAUCCUAAAAUCUUGCAGAUAAGCGUCACUUGUCUAAAAGUUAGAAAUCUUUUUCCAUUUUUUUUCUUUCAGACGGAAGCACAUCUAGAUACGUUGAUCAGUGAGCAAGCGUCAUUCAUUCUUGCUCGUUCCGGUGUUGGUAAUCUGUACACUGUUUACCAGGAGAACCGCGGUCAGAGGGUGAGUCAGUUGGUGUGCUGAAGUGUUCGAAAUUGGUGCGAUAUUGAAUUUCAUCAUGCAACUUUCUUUUAAACCGUUUGGCACUGCUUUCUUUGCGUUUUUCUCAAGGUUGCGCUGUCCUCGCUUCAUGGAAUGGAUCCGCAGAGUGUUAAGGACGCCAUGGUGUGUAAUGUUUUCGUUUUUUAUGUACAGAUGUUAAUCGUCGCCUCACAGGCGUGAACACAUAGCGUCCUAUGUGACCUUUGUUUCGUUCUCCAGCAAAGCAUAGAACUUCACUCCCGGGACACCAGAUUCCUUGAGUCUAAAAAAACUUAGCCGACAAAUUAGGAACGGCUUGUGAAAUUCAUAUAUUGGGCUAAAUUUAAGAGAUUGUACGGAAAAUAGGACCUCUUCUCCCACCAAAGUAAUUGGAUGUUGUGAAGCGAAUUCUUUUCUAAAACUGGGCUGCUGGAAUGAAGGACGCUAAUAAAUGAUCUCAAAAAAGUUGCGUUUGAGAUAAAGCAAUGAUAAUUUUCAAAUUAAAUAACCUUCUGCGCGAAAGAUGUUUUUCGUCAUAUCACGAUCGUGGGACAAAGAAAAAAUUUUCAGUCCCCGCGAAUCCACUCUUUCUUGGUUACCAUUACACAAAUUCUGUUUUUUUUCUUUGUUGAAAAUGUGACUUCAGUUUCUAUCUGGAGCAUUGUCGGGUUGAUAGAGACUUAAAAUAAAUGUACUCAUAAUUUUAUUUUCAUCACAGGCCAAAUUCGAUAAAUAUCUCUCGUGUCCCGACAGUCUAGUUAUGCCUCAGUGCAAUCUUUUGAGAACGACAAGACUACGGUAAGUUUUUAAGUCAUUGUAUCUUUGUACUUGUGAAUUUUUUUAAAACAAGUAUCAUUUUAAGCAUUGAAAUUAAUAGUUGAUUGCAAUGGCUAAUUUUACUUCUUUUGUUGAGUGAUGUAAACACUCCCACCGUCCCUUCAACCAAUCAGAUCAAAAGAUAAGACUGUGAGUUGGUAGAGGUAUUAACAUGAUAUCGAGUGCAAUUUGGUGUUAAAAAGCACGUGUAGAUUUUUCAAAGACAAAAAAAUUGUCGAGCCUGUAGGGCAUGUGCAUUUUGUAGUCUUUGAAACAUUCCAAGUGCUUAUUACACCAAAUUGCACUAGAAAUCGUGGCGAUUGUUGUUACUUGUUAAUAAUGUACAGAGGGUCAAGGGGGGGGGGGGGGGCAUGAUAAUGAAGGUGUCCCAAUAACUUUUGACCAGGAUUGCAGUGUUAGGGAACUUUUACCCUCUUUUUGCGCUUAUAAAUGAUGUAUCUGCAUUUUUUUCGUAGCGAUACCGUCCACAAGCGAGCGGUGGAUGCUGUUUGUGCAACGUACAAGACGCUCUACGACGCUAUUGUGAACGAUAGUAACAAAUACCCGGAUGUUAAAACUUUGGUGCCUCGCACCCCAGAUCAAGUAACUUCGCUCCUGACGUAGCGAAUGAAAAAUUAAUCCUUAUUUUUAACCACGGUGUAAAUAAAUAGAAUAAGGGAAUUUCUUGUUCUCUAAAAUAACCCAAACUCUACAGGUGAGGAAGUUAGAAUUUUAUUUUGAUUGAAAAAGUGAUUAAUCUUCUGGCUGUAUUAAUGACCGGUCCCUGUAUUGCAGUGCACUUUAAUAAACCCUUUCAUUAUUAAGGGUGAGUCAGUAUGUAAAUUCACCUUACAUUGCUCAUACAUUUUCAUACAUAGUGGUAAUGAGAAUAAAGACACAUAUCAACUAGGGAAUGAUACAAUGAUGUAACAGCAGGUUCUCUGCCUUCAGUUGAGGGAAGAGCUCUCAGAUCUUGGAAGUGAAAAUAGUUAAUUGCUGAGGAGUUUCUUCGAGCGUUGUGAAGUGCACGUUACAUUUAGUUGUAAAGCAGAGAAUCUUUGAAAACGACAUUUUAAGAAAAUUAUGAUUGAUAGAAGAACGAAGUACAUAAUAUUACAUUGAACUCUUUUGAACGCGAUCAAAGGAAAAAAGUGAAGAAAAACUAAAAGGAAAACGUAUUUAAAAUAAAUUAAGGAAACAAGAUUGCACAGCUUGAAAUUUUGAAUAAAUCGUCACGGU